AAUAUGGAAUUGAAUGCAAUAUUUGUAGGUGUUUUUGUUAAAGAAGUGAAGAAGUGGAAAGGGGGAGGAGGGUCUUUCGAAUAUGAGAGGGGGGGGGGGGGGGUAUUAGGGAUGGGAUUUCCGAGUCGGGCCGACGUUCGAGUCAUUCUUUAGGGCGGCCCGACCGAGUCUUUUUCGGGCAAAAAUCCCCGACUCGAUAUUUCGGACCUGGCCGGAUCGGGCCCCCACCCCUAGUUUUUACUUUAUUUCGCGGAUCUUAGUCUUUAUUUUUUUUUCAAAAAUUUCUGUUUUUUUCCUUCUAUUAUCUACAACCUUUUCUAAUAAUUUUAAUACCUAAAAGAUGGAAAAUGUGAAUUUCUGAAUGCUGGGGGUUCCAUAAAAGACCGUAUAGCUGUUAAAAUGUUGGAAAUGGCUGAGCAGAAUGGACGUUUAAAGCCAGGAAUGACCGUUAUAGAACCAACAUCGGGGAAUACAGGAAUUGGAUUGGCUUUAGCAUGUGCUAUUAAAGGUUAUCGCUGUAUAAUAAUUAUGCCGCAAAGAAUGAGCCGUGAGAAGGAAGUGACUUUAAAAGCAUUGGGGGCCGAAAUUAUCAGAACUCCAAAUAAUGCACAUUAUAAUAGUCCAGAUUCUCAUGUUGGAAGGGCUUUUAAAAUGAGAAAGGAAAUUCCAAAUUCUAUUGUGUUGGAUCAGUACAAAAACUGUACAAAUCCCUUGGCUCAUUAUGAAAGUACAGCAGAAGAGAUUUUAGAUGCUUUGGAUGGGAAAGUAGAUAUGGUUGUUAUUGGUGUAGGUACUGGGGGUUCUAUAACAGGAAUUUCAAGAAAGAUGCGCAAACGUUGUCCUCAAUGCAUUAUUGUUGGUGUUGAUCCACAAGGAUCAGUAUUGUCUUCUGGGACUCAUGGAAAAGAAGAAAAUAGUCAUCAUGAAAGAUAUCAAGUAGAAGGGAUUGGUUACCAAUUUGUGCCUUCUGUUCUUGAAAUGAGCGAUAUUGAUAGAUGGGUGAAGAUUUUAAUUAUUUAAAAUUUGAAUAGAAUGGAGAUCUUUCGCCCUUAUAUCGUUCACAAAGCCACAAAGCUCAGACAAUACCCAUCACUAUUAGAGUUCAAACCCAGUCAAAGGCCGGGUUUUCUAGGCUUUAAUUCGGAAACCGAGCC